AUGAAUGAAUCAUGGAAGGUCUUCAAGAUGAUCGUGAGAUAUGACGCACUAUUUCUUCGAUCUCACACUUCUCGCCGAGUACAGCUCGACCACACCACUUCCAUGAUGGCGCAUCCUCAGACGACGAUCACUCUGGAUCAAUUCCGCCAGGCAUUCAACAUAGCAGCGGAACACAGAACACGGAAGAAUGACGACAGUAAUGCGAACAGUCAUACAGACCAUUUUCACUCCAUACUGAACCCCGGGAGCCGAAGAAGUAGUCAGUCCUUGAUCCUGUUAACUGCACUUACACCUUCUCGAAGGCUGGGAACAAAUCAUGCAGACGGUGAUCGUCUUCUGGGGGGCUAUCAGCAUGCCAAUGUCCGGUCCACGCAUGCCCUGUUGGUAGACUAUGUCCGCAGGGCCCCCCAGCGAACUGUGGUGGCAGGCUUGCUGCCCAUGUGUCGAUCGCUUUUAGCUGACGUCCAGGAUGGCAUGAUUAGGGUUCCUCAUGUGGCAGUUUGGACACUGAAAGGUAACCAGGCCGAGCCAGUGAACAGGGCCUGUGGGGAUCUCUAUGCACAUCUACUACGGGACCACCCUCAUAUUCCGCCUCAUAUCCCCUCAUACCGCAAUAUCCCUAUAUUGCGGCUCACACUCCGUCAUUUUUCAUUAUUUUCUGGGUUUCCUGCGUUGAUUGAUAUGCCUUGGCGGGCGCGCAUCUUGCGCCGUUGCGCCGCUAUUCCCGCCUGA